GUUCGAAUUUCUUGCUCCUUCCUCCGUGCCGCCUCUCCUCUUACCUAAUCCUCCGGUUCCGACACAAUUAGGAGGCCGGUUGAGCAGCGCGGGCUUUUCAGUAGCGCCCGAGCGGAUGUUGGAAGAGUGUCCGUGCGGUGGGCCUCUGUGUCGUCUGCUGCUAUCUCGAGCAGACGGUAUCUUCGGUUUUGUCAUCGCCAGGUGGCUACCGUGCGUGUAAACCAAUGUCUGCAUCGUGAUUGUCGGCGCCAUGUGUUUCGUGACUUCUUCUUGCACGGCUGCGUAAACUUCGACUGUGCAGCGAGGACAACGCGGUCGGUAGCCGUGUCGUGUCGCAUGUGUGAUCGCGGGUGCCACCGGCCCGGAUUGGUCGCGGCGGCGUCGUUCGUGCCCACGCUUUCGCGCCCAUUUGGUCGACGCUCUCUCGUGGUCGCGCGAGGAAAUGGAUUUCGCCAGCACUGUCGCCGCGUGAGACGCACGACACCGCCACCUCCUAUCUUCUUUUGAGACCGUCGUCUUCUUGGACAAAGCCAUGCUGAAACUGCUGCUGAAUCACUGGCAAGAGUCGUACCACAAGGCUCCGACCAGGGUUACCAGUGAGGACCCGUUGCUUUGCACGGACCUCGCAAAGACUAGACCAAACGAGGAGUACCUGGUGUCCAGGGUUAACCCACUCUUCGUCGACUCCAGCCGCGAAGUUUCGCCGAACAACACCAUCAACAAGCCAUCGACAUCGACCAAGACCACUGCUGACGUCCACAGUUCGCAGGACGGUGAUAACGAAAUUGCUUCAACAUCCAAGCAGCCUCCGAAACCGCCAGACCCACUAAAGGAAGCUGUCGAAUCAGCUCUAACACCAACUGUUGCAGAGACAAGUUCGCAUUCCGAAGCUUCUUCGAAGGCAGACGCGGUGGAUGUUGAAGCUGUAGCGACAGCUGAUAGUGAUAAAAAGACUAGCGAGUCGCUGCCGUCGGAAGGCGACUCACCAAAAGACUCACUGGAGACUGACAGGUCUUCCUCACCGAAGCCCUUGGUGGAGCUUCGUGAGUGGCAAGAGAACAAGCAAGAGGACAGAGUGCUCAACCGCCUGAGAAGUUCGGGUAGGGCGUCGCUCAUCACUAAGGAAAAACUCAACCUUGUGGAGAAAGUGAUUGCCGAGAGACUCGGCAAGAGGAUUCCGGAACCAGGAAUCCGUAAGACAAUCGAGCUUCUCAGGAACGAGUCGGCAACACCAUCCCCGCAGCAGACGCUCUUGCCAUCUGCAAGAAGAGAGCAGGUUGAAGACGCCCUCGAGCAGCCUUCCACGUCAGCAUCGCCAGCGGAGCUACCUUCGACGAGCAACAGUGACAAGCAGGAAAGUCCUGUGCCACCGGUGACUCUCCCGCAACCGGCUUCAAUUGAGGAGACAGCACCGGUCGUCGACGGCAGCGUCCCAGCCGAAACGAGCAAUACUCCCGAAGCUCCAUCUGAAGCGGGGUCUUCAGUCGCGUCAGCGUCUGCGCCCAAGGACGAGACCUCGGAAACAGUCAGCAUGCCCAAAAUCGAGGACGCCCACUCCGACUCUUUGACCGAUUCAUCUAACAGCAAGAAGGAGGAACGCAAGAGUGGCAAGUCUUCCGGUCCGUCCACAUCGGAGGACAGCGGCAUCACGCGAGGCGACCAGGUCUACUCGGACACGGGACGGCGCAAGAUUUCGACAAAGUCUGACUCCUCGGACCAGAGUAGCUCUGAGGCCAGUAGAGGAAAGCGCCACCGCAGGAUCAAGAAAGACUCAUCUCGGGACAGCACCAGGAAGCGACACAAGUCGUCCUACAAGUCCCGCUGCAGUUUCUGCAACAAGGCGGCCAAGAAGUCCCACCAGAAGGGCCACAAGCACAAGCACCGGAGUAUGGCCGAGUCGGGCCUCGUUUCUGGUUCCGGGUCACUCUCGGACCUGGCCUUCGAGCAUCCAUGGCUGAGCGACAGCUGCACGGCACAAUGCCACCACAAGCGGUCCUCCAUCACGUGCAUGGAGAGCUGCAGGGACUACCCUUACGAGGAUUUCCACAACGCCGUUUACAGGUAUCCCGGGGGCCACGUAGGAUGCGAAGGCUGCAGCUGCAUCCGAGCCCCUUUUCCUGAGUGCUGCCGCUGGGGCGAUGUACCUCGCAGCCGCUACUCGUGGAACGGUAGUGAGGCGGCUGCCGUGGCAGCGGCUGGCGGUCACCCAUUGUGUGCGUGUCGCCGGGCACACCCCAUGUUCUCGUCCAGGAGGAAAGUCAAGUUCGCCCACAAGUCUAAGGACUCUCUGCAGGAGAAGAGCGAGCUGAAUGAGGACGAGGAAGAUGCUGAUCGCGCGUCCGGCGAGGGCAACAAUGACACCGCCACCAAGUCUGACCAGGGGAGCUUCGGUGAAGUGCCAUCCAAGGAGUCGCCAUCCAACGGCCAUAUUCUGGCUGAAAAUGGCUUGCUCGAAAAACAGCAAGGCCCUACGGGACCUCCAUACGCCUGGGAGGAAUGGCGGCGAUACAUGCGCGAAAAGAACCUUCGCUCCCGUCGCAAGAGGGCGCUCUGCAUGGGUGUCAUUGCACUCUCUAUCAUACUGUUUGUCGGCAUCUCCGUGUCACUGGGACUCGCCUACUUGCGCAGGAAGUUCUGAAGCACUGCCAAUGUUUCAGGGUCCGGAACAACGAGGGAAUAGCCGCUUCGCAGGCGUUCCUGCGAAGCAUGUCUUCUUUCG